AUGGGCAGCAACAACCCCGUCACUUGGCUCGACAAGCUCGAGGAGCAAUUGAAUGUCGAUGUCGACUGGAUGGACCCCGAAUAUAUCAAGAGCAUGCAACCUUUCAAAUUCCACGACCAAACCUCAAACCAGCUCUGGGUGGACAUCCAACUUGGUGACGAGUCCAACAAGGACCUCCUUGCACAGACAGCCAAAGAGCUGAAGGACAAGGGAUGGCUCGCCAUUUAUACCCGCAUGGCCGUCCUCAUGUGUAAGAAGAACAUCGAUAUGAUCAGUGGCCGCGUCCUCCUCCAAACCCUGCCCUCCAAGGCAUAUGACACUCAAGCCACGCUCGACCAUGCCCGUCUGUACGAUCAAGAGUUUGCACGAGCCGGUAUCAGCCGCGAUCGUUUCUGCAUCAAGAUCCCCAGCACCGGACCGGCGCUUAACGCUGCGAAGAUCCUUUCCGCAGAGGGUAUCCCAACACUAGGAACUGCUUUAUUUGGACUGCCCCAGGCAAUUGCAUGCAGCCAGGCCGGCAUGCUGUACAUCAGCCCUUACUUCAACGAGACUCGAGCACAUGAUGAACUGAAGCUAUGGCCUGACGUCGAGGAUCCGGCUACGCAGCAUCCCAUGUCGGCACGCAUUGUGCAGAUCCUCGAAACAUACAAGAAGCUGUACAAGGAGACAGGCAAGGAGCAGCCGCUGUUGAAGAACGCCAGUUUCAUUACCGCCAAGGAAGCAAUGGCUGCCGGCGAGCUGGGCUGCCACUCCGCCACCAUUUCCCACACGGUUCUGAACGAGCUCGCUAAACUUCAGUAUGACGGGUCCAAGCAGCCGGGAGAGGGUGUGCCUAAGCCGGUCCACGUAUACAAGCAUGCCGGGCCGACGCCGGCGCGUCUGCAGAAGUUGGCCAAGAUCGAUCCUUUGGCAGCUGCUGACUGGGAUGGCAAGCUCGCGAGCACAGACAUCGACUACCUUGCAAAUGGCGGAGAGGAGCUGGCAAAGGCCAUUGCCAAGGACCCUAUUGCGACGACUCGCCUCAAGGAUGCGCUCGAGCUAUUCACUGGCGGUGAGGAGAGGAGCAAGGCAAAGGUGGAAGCGGUUCUGAAGACUCUAUGA